UUCACCAUCACCCCCCCCCCUCCUACCUACCUAUAUAUAUUAUUACUCCUUAUCUCCCUCUCUAGUCUCUUCUUUUCAACAAACUUUAGAUCAACAAAGAAAAAACCAACAAAAAAAAAUAGAAAAAAAAGAUCUUGAUUUUUUUUUUAUUUUGUGGUGAAAAACAAAUCUUGAUAUUACAAGAUUUAAAAAAAAAAAAAUGUGUUGUUGUGGAGAUGAUUGUCAAUGUAGACCUUUAGGUUUUCUAUUAGGUCUUCCCUUUGCUUUUGUUGCUCUUCUUCUAUCCAUUGUUGGUGUUAUCAUAUGGAUUGUUGGAAUUACAUUGAGUUGUUUAUGUCCAUGCUGUAUUUGCGUAACAGUAUUGGUAGAAAUGGCUUUGGCAUUAAUUAAAGCACCCUUUUCGGUUAUGAAGUGGUUUACUGAACAAAUUCCAUGUUAAAAAAAAAAAAAUCAUGUGUAAAAAUUUAAUUUAAUUUUUUUUAUGUAUUUUUUUUCUUUCUUUUGUGAGAAAAUAAAUUAGGUUUAUUUUAAUAUUGUUGAGCUUGUUUUUUAUUUUAUUUAAUUCUUGAAAUUGAUUACUAGUAUUGUUUUUGGUAUUACUACAUAAUGUAUAUAUUUGUUGUUUA